CUUCCUCUCGCGUCUCCAGCUUUGAAAACAGGGAGCGGGGUCGCUUUAAUUCGGACGCCAUCCCCCUCAGCGGAGGAAAAAGGCGCACUUCUGUUGAAAGGGGAAGAGAAACGCCGCCCAACGGUUAUGAAGUUUUAAGCGGAGAACACUGUUGUGUUGUUAGCUGGUCUGAAUUGUUGGAGCAUGAGGAAACCUGUGCCACAAAAAGCUAUAGAAUGGAAAGAUGCCCAAAUUAUCAAGCAUGCUCGGAGUGGACGGCCCUCCCGGGUGCCCUCACAGUACCAAGCAGGGCAUUUCAGCUGGGAGAAAUACUUGAAAGAAACAGGCGCUGCUGCUGCUCCUUCUUCAUGUUUCAAACAGAGUCUAACACCUCCAGUUAAUGAGUUCAAAGUGGGGAUGAAGCUGGAGGCCCAGGAUCCAAGGAACACCACGUCCACCUGCAUCGCCACAGUGGUCGGCCUUACGGGCUCACGGCUGCGCCUGCGCCUUGACGGUUCGGACAAUAAGAACGACUUUUGGCGCCUGGUGGAUUCCUCUGAGAUUCAGCCCAUUGGCAGCUGUGAAAAAAACGGAGGCAUGCUCCAGCCACCACUAGGUUUCCGUCUCAAUGCGUCUUCCUGGCCCAUGUUUCUGCUGAAAACACUAAAUGGUGCUGAGAUGGCUCCCGCUCGCAUUUUUCACAAGCAGGAGCCUCCCGCUCCAGAACAAAACUCUUUCCAGGUGGGAAUGAAGCUGGAGGCAGUGGAUCGGAAAAAUCCACACUUUAUUUGCCCAGCAACAGUCGGUGCACUACGUGGAGUCGAGGUGCUGGUCACCUUCGACGGAUGGCGUGGAGCCUUUGACUACUACUGUCGCUAUGACUCGCGGGACAUAUUUCCAGUUGGCUGGUGCACCCUCACUGGCGACAACCUUCAACCGCCUGGCACCAAAGCUGUGCUGCCAAAGACCCUUGGGACAGUGACAGAGGGUGGUGUGGAAAACCCAGCAAUGAAUCCCACCCCGACAGUGGGCAGACCUCCAGGUCAGAGAGGUCGGAAGCCCGGCCGCAGGAAAACGAAAAUCACCGGGUCGUGGAGCCAGAAAGCUUCCGCGUUGGUAUCACAGAGCAUCCAGCCAGGAAAGGAUUUGGAGCCCAUCAAGAUCCCCAAGAAACGAGGACCUAAGCCGGGUAGUAAGCUGGGGUGGGGAAAGAGAGAUGGCUGGUUUGAGGAGGCCCUGACCGGCCCGGGGCGGCCAGUGACUGGACCAGGGAGAACCAGAGGCAGGCUGCUUGCCAGUUGGGCACAGAGGAUUGCUCUACAGCAGGCCCAGUCUCAAGCAGAACCAAUCAAGAUCCCAAAGAAAAGAGGGCCCAAGCCUGGCAGCAAGAGAAAACCACGAGUGGUACCUAAUCCAGUCCCGACGUCUCCCACCAGCAGCACUCCAGAGCCUGACACCAGUACUGUACCCCAAGAUAACGCCACCAUCCCCAACUCUGCACUUCAGGCUCCCACAGUUUGUGUGUAUCUAAACAAGUACGGAAAGGUGGGACCCCACCUGGACCAGCGGCGCAUCCAGCAGCUCCCAGACCACUUUGGUCCGGGUCGAGCCUCCUCGGUGCUUCAGCAGUGUGUUCAGGCUUGUGUGGACUCUGCCCACAACCAGGCUACAGUCUUCACCUGCCUCAAGUCGGGACAAGGAGGCGAGGUCAUUUCAGCUUUUUUCGACCAUCAGCAGCACACUCUGACCCUCCCCACUGUCAGUAGUGUCACAUACGUCCUCCGUUUCUUGGAAAAACUCUGCCACAACCUUCACUGCGAUGCUCUGUUCGGCAGCCAGCCUGUGGCUAGAGAAAGUGUACAUUACGACGGCCACUCAUACUCUGCAGAGAGGAGAGGUUUUGGAGACACCCUGACCACUGGCGCAGGCAAAGGCACAAAGCGCUUCCAUCAGGACUUCAAUGGUCCACUAUCGCCGAAAGUUGCUAAACUCCCCAGGCACUCCAUUAACGGUGAGAACAGUGUUUCGGCUCCGGAGCACUUAAAAAAAAUCCCACUGUCCCCGAACUCUCCGGGACUGACAGCUGGCCUCAGAUCUCCCUCUAAACUGCUGCACCAUAACACCUCUGCAGGUUCAGGCGGUUUCCGGGAGAGCCCCAGACCGAGCGGUCAGGAUCCAAAUCUUUGGACCGUCGAAGAAGUUAUGCAGUAUAUUCGAGAUAUUGACCCAGUUCUGGCUCCACAUGCUGACCUUUUCAGAAAACAUGAGAUUGAUGGUAAAGCCCUUCUGUUGCUGCGCAGCGACGUAAUGAUGAAAUACAUGGGUUUGAAGCUUGGGCCCGCUCUCAAACUCACCUUCCACAUUGAUAAGCUUAAACGAGCUUAAAGUGGCUGUAGACCACCUGCAGCCUUCAAAAGGGCUCCCCUCUUACCCCUUGUCCCUUUUCCAAUGUCGGUAUAUCAUGCACUUCAUAAAGGACCAAUGCUGACCAUUUACAUGUAGCAAUUUUCAUCAGACCAUCAUAUAUCUGUUCAUCAUAUUCUCAAUUUUCUCAUCUAAUGAGGAAUGUUUAUUUUGUGUAGCACAAUCCAGCUCACAAGCAGCAUGGGAUAUGUACAGUUUUUGGGUGAAAAAUCCAUUUCUGUCAAUAUAGUCAAGGAAAAUCUAAGUCCAACCUUUGAUUCAAUAGUUUUUAUGAUGUGUUUUUGCUUAUUUGCUAUUUUUUUGUUUUUAACCUAACAUGGCAAAGUGCAUGAUGGCCAAAUACCUUCACUUUAGCCAAGUCUGUCCAAAGCUGUUUUCUUUCAGAUGUGCUGCAAUUUUCCUGUUUGGAGAGCAGAAGCUUUCUUCUGGCAACCCUUCCAGAUAAGCGGUGUGUAUUAACAUUAAUAAUAAACAUGCUAACUAAGGUCUAUAGUGGCAAAUAGUCCUUGUCGCUGUAAAAGGCUGGGCUUAAGAUUGUUUGGAAAUAACCGUAUAGCCCUUACACGACUGAUGAGCGGCCACAAAUUUACUGCUGAGGUCUUUCCGCCUUGGACUCUUUUCAAGCCACACUGAUGAUGAUAGGAUAAUAAAGUGCAUGUGAUUAUGAGCUUUCCCUUUCAAAUCAUGUGGAAGCUGGAAGGGUGUACUUCAUUUUCUCAUGUCUGUAUUGAUAGUCAAGGAAACUCACUCUCACUUGUCCCUCAAUUUUCAAUCAUUUCAGUAUAACUUGAAGACUCAUGGUUAUUUUUUAAAGAUUGAGGGGCUUUUCAGCCUGUUACAUUUAAUUUGUACAUUUUCAUAUUUUGUAAUUCUAUAAUGUAUUUUUCAAUAUUAAGUGUUGGGUUAUGUGAAAAAUCAGAAACCUCUAAAACAAGAGUAGAAAACGCUACAUGCAUCCCAAUAAUUGGGAAUAUUAGUCUCAGUUUGAGGCACAACUUUUGCAUUUACAAGAGAAAUGUUGUUGGGGGGGGGGGGAUCAUUUUAUGAAUGGAGAACAAUUAACUUUUAUUCCAGAAUUCCAGUUUUACUCUCUUUUCUACAUGUUGUUUACAAUGCUGUUAUUUGUACUUUUUUAAUUUUUAUACUUCCUUAGUGCUCCUACAGGAAGAGCCCCGUCAUACUCGGCAUGUUAAUAAAUUUCUAAUUCAGUUGUUGUCUGUGUGCGCUGCAAUGUCAACACAGUAUGUAGUCGUUUGUUUAUACUCUUGUGUUAACAGUUUGUUGUCACAAAAAUGUUCAGUUAUUUAAAUUAAAGUAUAUGAUUACGUUGUUGGA